AUGAGAACUGAUCGGGAGUGGAUGUAUAAUAGACUUGUAGAUGGGCGUAGAUACAUUAAUCCUGAAUUUUUGGUUGGAGUUGAGACAUUUGUUGAAUAUGCUUGUCAUCAACCAGCAUUUAUGGAUUGUGAUAAAAUAAGGUGUCCCUGUUGUAAAUGUCAAAACCGAAGGUAUCUUUUAACUGAUGAAGUCAAGUUGCACCUUACUAGAGAUGGAUUUGUCAAGGAUUACUAUCAAUGGGUUUGCCAUGGGGAACCUUUAGAUAUAUCAAAUCCUAUGCAAACACAAUGCAAUUCAUCUUUUACAGGAGAAGUAGAAGGAUCAAAUCUAUAUCACAACAUGGUCAUGGGUGCCAUUGGUUCUAAUUUUGACCCAAAUUAUGGUGAAAAUGAGGAGGAAACACCAGAUCCAAAAACUCAAAGAUUAUAUGCCAUGCUUCAAGCAGCCGAUGAGCCAUUGUGGGCAGGUUGUUCUAAGCACUCACAGUUGUCAGCUAUGACAAGAUUGUUGAAUAUCAAAUCUGAGUUUCAUAUGUCUGAGAAGUGUUAUGAUGCAAUAUUGCAAUUAAUGAAUGAAGCAUUACCAACGGAUAAUAAAUUGGUUGGUAGUUUUUAUGAAACAAAGAAGUUUGCUGCAGAGUUAGGUCUUCCUUGUGAGAAGAUCCACUGUUGUAUCAAUGGAUGCAUGAUAUACUGGAAUAAUGAUAUUAUUAGAAGAAGUUGCAAGUUUUGUGAUCAUCCUCGAUAUAAAAAUAGACAAAGAGCAUCUCCAAGAGGAAAAAUUGAUAUACCAUAUCAAAAGAUGUACUAUUUUCCUCUUACACCCAGACUACAAAGAUUGUAUGCUUCAGAAGUGACAGCUAAGUAUAUGAGGUGGCAUGAUGAACACAAUAAAAAAGAUGGUGUUAUGUGCCAUCCAUCUGAUCGAACAAAUCCAUCUUUUGCAUUAGAGGCUCGAAAUGUAAGACUGAGAUUAUGUACGGAUGGAUUUCAACCAUUUGGACAAUCAGGGAAGCAAUAUUCUUGUUGGCCUAUUAUUGUGACACCAUAUAAUUUGCCACCAUGGAUGUGCAUGAAAGAGGCUUACAUGUUUUUGACUAUUAUUGUACUUGGCCCAAGAAAUCCGAAACAGAAGUUAGAUGUGUACUUGCAACCUUUGCUAGCAGAAUUAAAAGAUCUUUGGGAAGUUGGUGUUCUCACAUAUGAUGUUUCUAAGAGACAUAAUUUUCUAAUGAGAGCUGCACUUAUGUGGACCAUUAGUGACUUUCCAGCAUAUGCAAUGUUGUCUGGGUGGAGUACAGCAGGCAAAAAAGCUUGUCCAUAUUGUAUGGAUAAAUCAAAAGCAUUUAGCCUUUUGAAUGGUGGAAAAGUUUCUUGGUUUGAUUGUCAUCAUCAAUUUCUACCAGAACAUCAUACCUUUAUAAGAAAUAAAAAUGAUUUCAUGAAGAAUAGAAUUGAAGAUUCUCCAUCUCCUCUUAUGUUGACUGGAAAACAAGUUUUAAAGCAAAUUGAGGAUUUAAAAUUGAAGAAAGUAACAGAUCUUGGUGUUGAACAAUGGAAUGCUCCUAUUUGUAAGUCAUGUGGUUGGAACAAACGCAGUAUCUUUUGGGAUUUGCCAUAUUGGAGUACUAAUCUGGUCCGUCAUAAUCUUGAUGUCAUGCACAUCGAGAAAAAUGUUUUUGAGAAUGUGUUUGAUACAGUGAUGGAUGUUGAAGGAAAAACAAAGGAUAAUGCAAAAUCAAGAGAGGAUAUAAAAAUUUAUUGCAAGCAUAAGGAGUUGGAGAAAAAUGAUUCAACGGGUAAAUAUCCCAAAGCUUGUUAUAGUUUGAGCACACAAGAAAAAAAGGUUGUGUGUGAUUGGGUGACAAAACUCAAGUUUCCAGAUGGGUAUGUUUCAAAUAUGGUAAGGUGUGUGGACAUGCACAAAUAUAAGUUGUUUGGGAUGAAAAGUCAUGAUUGCCAUGUGUUUAUGCAACAGUUAAUUCCAAUUGCUUUUCGUGAAUUAUUGCCAAUGUCUGUGUGGAAAGCAUUAACUGAGUUGAGCUUGUUCUUUAAAGACCUUACAUGCACUGUGAUUAAAGAAGAAGAUAUGAUUAGACUCCAAGAAAAUAUUCCUAUGAUUUUGUGCAAACUAGAACGAAUAUUUCCUCCUAGCUUUUUUGAUUCUAUGGAGCAUCUUCCUAUUCACUUACCUUAUGAAGCAAGAGUUGGGGGACCUGUUCAAUAUCGUUGGAUGUAUACUUUUGAAAGGUUCUUGCGGCAAUUGAAGUUAAAAGUAACCAAUAAAGCAAGGGUUGAAGGUUCAAUUUGCAAUGCAUACUUGGUUCAAGAAGUAUCUACCUUUUGUUCUCAUUACUUUGAGCCUCACAUUAACACAAAAUUAAGAAAAGUACCUCGUAAUGAUGACGGAGGUGAGAUGGAAACAUGUGAAGGAAAUCUUUCUAUAUUUACUUAUCCCGGUCGAUCUUAUGGACGACAGAAAUCAAGAUGGUUGACUGAUGAAGAGUAUAAUGCUGCAGUAACUUAUGUCUUAUUAAAUUGUGAUGAGAUUCAACAUUACGUCAAGAUAUUUGUGGAAGAAUUAAAGGUAAAUGUGCCAAAUAUGAUUGAUGAGCAAGUUGAUAUGAAGCUCGAGACUGAAUUUGCCAAUUGGUUUAGAUAUUAUGUACAUGAUCCAAACAAUAAUGUCACUAGUCAAAUCAUCAAGGAUGUUGCUUUGGGGCCUUUAAGAAAUGUGAUCAAUUAUCCUAUAUAUUUUGUUAAUGGGUUUAAAUUCCAUACAAGCGAUUAUAGUGUGGGAAAAUCAACCAUCAACAGUGGAGUUUGCAUCAAAGGUUCUAAUUAUAGUGAGCUAUCAAGUGAUUAUUAUGGUAUUUUAAAGGAAAUUAUCGAAUUAGAGUAUCCAGCACUUCUAAUUAAAAAGGUUGUCCUCUUCAAGUGCGAUUGGUUUGAUCCAACUCCAAAUGUUGGGAAGAAAGUUCAUAAGGACUACAAUCUUGUUGAUAUCAACCAUAAAAGAAGGUUUAACAAAUAUGAACCUUUCAUUUUGGCGGAACAAGCACUUCAAGUCUAUUAUGCACCUUAUCCAAGUAUGAAGCGUGACAAAGUUGAUUGGUGGGUUGUGUGUAGAAUUAAAUCAAGAUCAGUUAUUGAGAUCCCUAUAACUAAUUUUCCAUUCCAAGAUGAUGAAGUAGAAGUACAUUCGAUUGAUAUGAUUGAUGAUGCAAUAAUACCUUUAAAUGAUUCAAAUGGUGCUUUUGUUGAUGUAGAUGAUGGACAUGAUGAUGUUAACUUAGAAGAUGCCGCUGAACCUAAUUUACAAGAAACAGAAAUGGAAGAUGAUGAAGAUGCUGAAGAUGAUGACAUGUCUGUUGAUAGUGAAUAGUGUUAUUUUAGUUCUAAUGCACUAAAUAUACUUUGCUUUUAACUUCACGUAG